AUGGCAGACACUGCGACGUCGCCGCCCACCCUGGAGACGGCGGACGUGCCACCCAACCACACGCUCUAUUUAAACAACCUGAAUGACAAGAUCAAGGCUGACCGCAUGAAGGCCACGCUCUACGCGACGCUCUCGCAGUACGGCAAGAUCCUAGAGAUUGUCAUGGGCCGUGCGCGGCGACUACGCGGCCAAGCGUGGGUCACGUUUGACGACGUCCCUAGUGCCUCCUCCGCGCUGCGUACUGUGAACGGUACUACACUGUUUGACAAGCCUGUAGUCAUCCACUUUGCCAAGGAGAAAGCUGACGUAAUUGCGCGCCGCGAGGGCUCGUUCGUUCCUCGCGAGAAGCGGAAGCGCGACCCCAAGCCUGAACAACAAACGACCAAGAAGCAGGCGAGUGCGAAUGGCAGUGCUGCGGCAACCGGCUCAUCCACUGCGGCACAGCCGCGUAUGCCUGCGCAAAACUUGCCGAACAAGAUUCUGUUCCUGGAGGAGCUGCCGGAGUCCUGCAACAAGGAGAUGCUUGGCGUGCUGUUCAAACAAUACCAGGGCUUCAAGGAGGUGCGUAUGGUGCCAGGUAAAAAGGGCCUCGCGUUCGUAGAGUUCGGCGACGAGGCGCAGGCCGCCAUCGCGCUGCAAGGACUCUUCGGCUUCAAACUUACCCCCACAGAAGCACUCAAGGUCUCCUUCGCUAAAAAGUAGGGGUUAGCAUAGCGACGACAGGGCAGAAGCCCUUUAAUGCUCCGUAGUAGACAGCAAUGCAGUCAAUCGAAGCCGCUGCCUUAAUCACUGUCGUA